AUGUCGGAUGUUUCUGACGCCCUCGACCGAGUCCACCCAGACUUUCUUGAUUUGUUGAUCCGUCUCCAGCUCCUACCCCCUGACGAAGCCUUCUCGGAGCCAUACCUGGCCAGACUAAUCUCUAUUGCUCUAGAUCUUGCAGAAGAUGAUGAGCAGGCUUUCCUAGUCAGCAGGAUCAUCACCGACGAAGAGCUGGCAUUUGAGCGACUGCGCAGCCCCGAAGUCCGCAAUACCAACCAUCGAAUCGUGCUGGAUCGAACCGAGAGGAGGAUUGCUUUUCGCGAAGCUGCAAUGGAUCCUUUCCCUGAACAAACGAACGGAGAAAUGUGCGUUGCUUGUCUGGAGGAUGCUCAGAUGAUGGCUCCUUGCGGCACCCACAACUACUGCUACCCUUGCUACCGUGAACUUAUUCGACUCGGUCUUAGUUCUCAAGAAACGUUUCCGCCAAGAUGCUGCGAGCCUAUCGACGAGGCGGGUGUCGCGCUUGCACGUGCCCCUGCUUUGGUUCAUCUGUUCCGCCAGGUGCAAGAGGAAGCCAAUGCGCCGAUCCACGAUAGACUAUACUGCCACGACCCUAACUGCGCAGCAUUCAUUCCACCUGAUCGUAACGGGCACUGUUUGCUGUGCGAUACACACACAUGUCGCGACUGUGGUGAGCGAGGCCAUCCAGGCCAGCCCUGCCGAGAGGGAGCCGCUGAAGAAGAUGUCUGGGCCACCAUGGACGAGAACCGGACCGUUAACUGCCCCGGGUGCGGAAGGAUGAUCGAGCUUGCGGAGGCGUGCAACCACAUGACAUGCGUCUGCGGUCAAGAGUUCUGCUUCAUUUGCGGUGAAAUAUGGCGGACCUGCGGCUGUCCCACAUAUGGAGGCUUUAAUCUUAUGGUACCCAUGAGGGACCGUCCAGGCACGAAGCCCCCACAGUAUCGUCGUCGUCGACACCCUAUCGACGAGGCAGCAGCGGCGGAUGAGGCUGAUGGACCUGCGAGAAUCCCACAGCUACGGCCGAUGCCUGGUGAGGAGGAACGUGUUCCGCCUCAAGUUGGGGGACCGUGGAGGGUUAUUCGACCUCUGGUGUUCCCCCCUGCUGAGGAAGUGCAGCAACCGCAGGAGCAAGACCGUCGUGGGGCCUAUAAUGGGAGGGAACGUCGGCAUGGCGAAGGACAUGAAAGGAAUCACCAUGGAGAAGGACAUCACCACGGGGAAGGACAUUACCACCGGGAAGGGCAUCAUCGUCAUCAUCAUCAUCAUGGAGAAAGACACCAUCACCAUCACGGAGAAAGACAUCAUCAUGGGGAAAGACGUCAUCAAGAUGAGAUGAAUCGUUAUGAACAUGAACGCGAACGACUUCGCAGACGAGCCGAACGAGAAGCUCGUAUGCCAAUGGGGCUGCGUAGAGAAACUCGGAUGGUAGGUCGUCCACACAAUGCCCCUCUCCCACCUAUGUUGCUUGAGAACAUGAUGAAUCCGGGAAAUAUGGGAACAGCUAACCAAGGCUUCGGUGUACAGAGAGAACAUGCGCCUGGAAUGCGAAUGGAUCGCCGGCGAGACGAUGGCCGUCCUCCCCUGGAUGUUCUCAUGCCGGGUAUGGGCCGUUUGCAGAUCAACGAGCCGCGCAUGGAGAGACCACCUGUGAGAGAUGAACGUGAUAUUCCCAGGACUUAUCGGCCAGGGGAGGGUCCACAUGAGAUGUAUCACCAGGGUCACUUGCACAACGAAAGGAACGUGCCGCGCCGACUCUAUAAUCCGAUGGACGCCCCUCAGAUGGAUAGGCCUCCCCGUGAAGAGGCAUACCAUGAAGUAGACGCUGAAGCCAGGCGCACAAAUCAGAAUCGACUCCUUGCGAUGAAUCGUGAAGCGGCUCGCUUGGCGGCGCGGCAUCCUCCCCGUCAGCAGGGCAGGAAUCGCCCAGGGCAUCAUGGACUUCAUUACGAUGACCCGAUAUUGAUCGAUUCUGACGAUGACCUGUACGGUGACGAUUGA